AUGUCAAGAAUGAAAUCACAUUCCCAUGGUCGUUUUGGCAAAGAAGACGAUAAGUGGGGAUUCAAUCAAACCUCCACCAUACGCAUUACGGGCCGACAUACCAUCAAUAUUUGGCGCGCUAUGCGUGGGGAACUGAAUCUACUGCAGUAUACGAUACAGCCAUCCGCCGGCUAUGCGUUUGGGGCACGCAUCGCAGGCGACCUCGGCGACUCAGUGUUAGCAUCGUACGCCAACUCAAUCUAA